AUGGUUCCGUGGCAGGGACAAUGGACUCACGAUGUGUACUCUGAUUUCUUUGAUGACGCAGCCAAUGAAGGAGAUGACUUAUCUCAUGACUCCAACCUGCCUCCUGGUGUUGACCAGCCUAUGGAAGACAAUGAGCCACAAGCAGGCCGUUCUGGGAUGACAAGACAUACAGAACUGAAUACUUCUACUACCAACGAAGAGAAUUUCAUGUCCUCUCUGCCAAUAGGGCAGUUGUAUUGA